CAUUCCAGAAAAUUUUACGCCUUGGCAAGUGAGUGUGGUCGAGUUUUUAACCCGUACCUUGGAUUUUCAACGAAAAACCUGCAAAAUCUGUUCCUAAAACAAUAAAAAACGCUUUGAAACCAUCGAGCUACUGGUACACUUUCCUUUGCAAUUAUUAUUUGCCGGAAAUUAACAGUGCGACGGGUAUGAAAAGCGAUUAUUCCGACCGAGCCAACUAUCAGCACAGACCUCAUAUUUCAUCUAACAAGAUGGCGGCCCACGAUGAAUUCGAUGUUGAGGAAAUGCUCGAAGCCCCUUAUCGGAAGGAGGAUGACGGAUCACCGAACUAUGAGUCAAGAAGCAACGACAAACGCAGCCGGGAUAAUGGCCACCACAAAUCCUCUAAACAUCGUAGUCGUUCUCGAGACAAAGAGCGGCGCAAGGAUCGAUCACGUUCCCGCGAUAAGCAUGACGGUGGUAAGGAAAAGGAACACAAAGAAAAAGAUCGGGACCGUCGUCGCAGCCGUGAAAGGUCAAAAUCCAGAGAUCGCAAAGACAAAGAUCGUCGCCGGGAGCGCUCUCGAGACGGCGAACGUACCCGUGAACGGGGCGAGAAGCGUCGAUCGCCGCGGGACCGUUCACGAGAACGCGGCCGCCCCUCGAAAGAGGUUGAUGUCCGUCGCAGGAGCCGUAGCCGCGAUAGAAGGCGCCGUUCACGCUCGCCUCGUUCCUUCCGGCGAGGCCGCACACCACCAAACGGAGUGCGCUAUCGGGACGAUUCUCCCCGUGAAGAUCUCAACGCAGAGGAGCGGGAUGCGCGUACCGUUUUUUGUAUGCAGCUUUCCCAGCGAAUUCGGGCCCGAGAUCUCGAAGAGUUCUUUUCCAGCGUUGGCAAGGUCCGCGAUGUGCGGCUGAUCACAUGCAACAAAACCAAACGCUUCAAGGGUAUUGCCUACAUCGAAUUCAAAGAUCCCGAAUCGGUUGCGCUGGCCCUCGGGCUGUCCGGGCAACGGUUGCUCGGAAUUCCGAUCUCCGUUCAGCACACACAGGCUGAGAAAAAUCGUAUGGCCAGCGUGCCUCCGCCACCACCACCAAAAGUAACAGUCGGGCCGAUGCGAUUGUACGUGGGUUCGCUGCAUUUCAACAUUACCGAGGAUAUGCUCCGAGGUAUAUUCGAACCCUUCGGCAAGAUUGAUAACAUUCAGCUUAUCAUGGACGCCGAUACGGGUCGCUCCAAGGGAUACGGAUUCAUUACAUUCCAUAACGCCGAUGACGCGAAACAAGCCCUGGAACAGUUGAAUGGUUUUGAGUUAGCUGGACGUCCUAUGAAGGUUGGUAACGUAACAGAACGUUUGGAUGUUAACACCCAUACGUCGCUAGAUACUGAUGAGAUGGAUCGUAGUGGAAUUGAUCUUGGUGCCACCGGCAGGCUACAGUUAAUGUUCAAAUUGGCAGAGGGUGCGGGACUUGCAGUUCCAAGGGCUGCAGCUGAUGCGCUUCUGGCUACCGCGCCACAGCCGGCCCCUCAACAACCUGUAACACCUUCUCCACCGAUUGCAACCCAAUGUUUUCUACUGGCUAACAUGUUCGAUCCAGCUACGGAAACGGCCGAAGGUUGGGAUUCUGAAAUUGCCGAUGAUGUAAUUGACGAGUGCAAUAAGCAUGGUGGUGUAUUGCACGUUUACGUGGACAAAACCAACCCGGCCGGGAACGUAUACGUAAAAUGCCCCAGUAUAGCUACCGCUGUUUUGGCGGUAAAUGCACUGCACGGUCGCUGGUUUGCUGGCCGUGUUAUAACUGCGGCAUAUGUCCCCCUGCUCACCUAUCACAAUCUAUUCCCAGAUUCCGGCCCGGCAACAGCCCUGUUGAAGCCAACUCGAACAAAUUAAGCACAGGGAGAUCCCUUUGAUUGAGCGUUGCUAAUACCCGAGUGCAUAGGUCUUUACUCUCUUUUACGUGAAGCUACUGACCUUAAUGUGAUAUCAAGUCAAAAACAUGCGUACAACCUUAACCAGCUUCAGUUUCACAUUUGACGAUUAUGGUAUAUUUUCUUUCGCAGUGGUUCAAAAAUGCUUUUUUGGCUAUGAGAAGGGGUCAAUUAGUGGGAGGUUGUUUCGAAAAUGCAACAAGGUAUUCGAAGCAAGGUGGAAACAUUUGUUUCGGUUUUUCUAGGCUCGCGUAGAUUUUACACCAAUCUCAAAUAACGUAAAACAACUGGACAAAUGCAUAACUUGAAAAGAACUACCCUUACAACAAAUUACGUUUAAGGUUGUAAUAUAGUUUUCUUUUACGUUUAGUUUUAGUUUUUUUUUUUGAGAAUAAGAAACAGUGGAUAAUGUUGUCUAGAGGUAGAAUUCACAUUACAUUAUUUCUAUCAAUAAAAGAAUGUAGUUUGAACUCCGUGA